AUGAAGUAUCUUGCGACCCUCUCUUUCUUCGCUUCUCUCGCUCUCACUUCGCCCAUCGCCGUCGCAGUACCCAUCACUGCGCCCGCUGACGAGCCUCAACUUAUUACUCUCGAAGCCCGUCAGUCUAGUGCCACCAGUAAUGAGCUCGAGACAGGAAGCAGCGCUGCAUGCCCACGCACCAUCUUUAUCUUUGCAAGGGGAAGCACCGAAGCUGGAAAUAUGGGCGCACUUGUCGGCCCCUUCACAGCAAACGCUCUUGAAAAUGCGUACGGGGCGUCAAACGUCUGGAUUCAAGGUGUAGGUGGCCCCUACACUGCCGGUCUCGCAGAGAACACUCUUCCAGCCGGUACUUCUCAAGCCGCCAUCCGCGAAGCUCAGCGUCUCUUCAACCUUGCCGCGAGCAAAUGCCCGAACACGCCCAUCACUGCAGGUGGUUACUCUCAAGGUGCUGCGGUCAUGUCUAAUGCGAUCCCCGGUCUCAGUGCGGCUGUGCAAAAUCAGAUCAAGGGUGUGGUGUUAUUCGGCUACACUAAGAACCUACAGAAUGGAGGGAGAAUCCCCAACUUUCCUACCAGCAAGACCAGGAUUUACUGCGAGACUGGAGACUUGGUCUGUACCGGUACGCUCAUCAUUACGCCCGCACAUCUUUUGUACUCGGACGAGGCUGCUGUGCAGGCACCCAUCUUCUUGAGGGCUCAGAUCGCCGCAGCAUAG